AUGACCGACAUAAAUAAAGAAAUAAAUGUGAAAUUAUGUGACAUGUCAAGUGAAUUAUUUAAGGAUGCUUAAUAUAUUAUUAUUGAAAAUCUUAAGAAGCAUAGCAAUGAAAGAGAUAUUGCAUAUUAUAUAAAAAGAGAGUAAUUAUAUUAAAGAAAUUUUAGAUUGGAUAAACGACAUACAGGUCCAUGGCAUUGUGUAGUAGGAAAAAAUUUUGGAAUUUUUGUUACACAUGAAGAAGGAUAUUAUUUGUAAGCAAUAAAGGGAUAAAUCACAAUAGUUGUUUGGAAAUGA